GGGAGCCAGAUGUGUUCUCGUCCUCCGUUCCCGCCUCCCUCCCUCUUGGGCUUCCUAAAACCCGGAGCCCCGGAGACAAGGAUUUGGAGCCGGACAAACACAGCGCCAACCACGCUGUUCCGCGCGGCUCCUCCCGGACUGGAAGCUAGCGGGAGGGGGAGUAGAAGCGGGCACUCUCAGUAGGCGGGACAAAGUGGUGUGUGUGUGUGUGUGUGUGUGUUUCUCUCUGUCUCUGUCUCUCUCUUUCUCGAUCUCUCUCUUUUGGUUGCAAGUAGGAAGCUUUUUGCACUCCACCACCUCUGGCCGCUGGGAAGACGUCAUCGCUUCCGCCCUACUUCCUCCUCCUGUUGGCGGCGCUGAGAAUCCAAUAUGGAGUAAAUCGGUGGAGUCGCGAGAUGGGGUUCGGACGGGGCGCCCUGCACCGCCUCCCAGGCGCACCUCCCCCGGCCGCCGAGCACUACCCGGAACCCUGAUUGGCCAGGUCCCCGGGGGCGACCCCGGCCCGGCCUCACCGCAGCCGGCAGCCCGCCCGCCGCCCCAAGCGUGCUUGUUUUUCUGCUGCUCUACCCCUCCGGAUCCCCUUCCCAAAUCUCGCCCCUGCGCCCGUUUGGAGCCCGGGGGCCGCGCCCGGCCGGCCUGUGGCGUCCGCUGCCCGGUGCACCCCUUCCCAGACCUCGCCCUGCGCUCGGGGAGCGCCGUUUCUCCGCCUGCCUAGGCGCCCCCUUCAUCUCUAGCUCCCCCCUCCACCACCAAAUCAGGAGAUGUCGGAGAUGUGAAGAAGGGGGGCGAGCGCACAGGAAGAUGAAGGGAGCCAGGCUGCCCGCCGCGGGACAGGCGUCUAGGUGAACAAGAAAAUGACCGAAGAAACACACCCGGACGAUGACAGCUAUAUUGUGCGUGUCAAGGCUGUGGUUAUGACCAGAGAUGACUCCAGCGGGGGAUGGUUCCCACAGGAAGGAGGCGGGAUCAGUCGCGUUGGGGUGUGUAAGGUCAUGCACCCUGAAGGCAAUGGACGAAGCGGCUUUCUCAUCCAUGGUGAACGACAGAAAGACAAACUGGUGGUAUUGGAAUGCUAUGUCAGAAAGGACUUGGUCUACACCAAAGCCAAUCCGACGUUUCAUCAUUGGAAAGUUGACAAUAGGAAGUUUGGUCUUACUUUCCAAAGCCCUGCGGAUGCACGAGCCUUUGACAGGGGCGUGAGAAAAGCCAUUGAAGACCUUAUAGAAGGCUCCACCACCUCAUCUUCCACUAUUCACAACGAGGCCGAGCUCGGAGACGAUGACGUUUUUACAACAGCUACAGACAGUUCUUCUAAUUCCUCUCAGAAGAGGGAGCAGCAUACGAGGACAAUCUCCUCCCCCACAUCAUGUGAGCACCGGAGGAUUUAUACCCUUGACCCAUACCCUGUGGACCAUUACCACCCCGACCAGCGGCUGCCGAGGUCCUACCCCCAGGUCACCUUCCCGGAGGACGAUGAGGAGAUUGUGCGCAUCAAUCCUAGAGAGAGGAUCUGGAUGACCAGCGGCUAUGAGGAUUACCGGCAUGCGCCGGUGCGCAACAAAUACCUGGAUACUGCGGAGGACGCGGACUCCUACGUGCGCUUUGCUAAGGGCGAGGUGUCCAAACACGACUACAAUUACCCCUAUGUGGACUCCACAGACUUUGGCUUCGGCGAGGAUCCUAAAGGCCGUGGUAGCAGUGUGAUCAAGACGCAGCCAGCCAGGGGCAAGUCCCGGCGGCGCAAGGAGGAUGGCGAGCGCUCCCGGUGUGUGUAUUGCAGGGACAUGUUCAACCACGAGGAGAACCGGAGGGGCCACUGCCAGGAUGCGCCCGAUGCCGUGAGAACUUGUAUCCGCCGCGUGAGCUGUAUGUGGUGCGCGGACAGCAUGCUCUACCACUGUAUGUCGGACCCCGAGGGAGACUACACGGACCCUUGCUCCUGCGACACUAGCGACGAGAACUUUUGUCCCCGGUGGUUGGCGUUAAUCGCCUUGUCCUUCCUGGCCCCCUGUAUGUGCUGUUACCUUCCCCUCCGGGCCUGUUAUCACUGUGGAGUGAUGUGCAGGUGCUGCGGCGGGAAGCACAAAGCCGCUGUGUGACUCGGUUUCCCGCUUUCCCCCCUCUUCCCUCCACAGCCACAGGGAACUUGUCUCUUGCAUACCCCACCUCCACCCCACAUCGCCUCCCCAGGCCUUCCUGGUCCCUAACAACGUCAUUCCAAACCUGGGGAAUCUACCACUCCUGUGUCAGCCACAUAACCCAUUCCCUCGCAGUGUUCUGAGGAGAGGAGCCUUCUGCAUAGACGCGAGUAUGUUAUCAGCCUGUGAUCGCGCCAUCUUAUCCACGUGUUGAUUUCCUGUCCUGCCUCCCCACCUCUUCCAGUUCUAAGGAACCUGCAGUAGAAACAUAGAUUCGGAGGGGUUUAGAGUUGAUUUUUCCUCCGCAGUCCAGUUUGCUUGUUGCUAACACGCACAGGUUCGUCGGAGAUGUGACCGAAUGGUGAGACCCUACCGUUAGUGUUUGUAACCUGCAGUGUGUUGUAACUUUGGGAGGUGAGCGGAAUAACUAAACAAUAGGGCUUUAACUCUGAAAGCCAAUGCCCGCAGUUACUGCGGUUUCUGUGGUUUCUGUCUUUAGCCCUUCGCUUUUUGUCUUUCACCUGUCGCCUGUCGUCAUCUUCUGCCCCUCCCCCACAUCUUGAAUUCAUUCACUCAUGCAAAGCAGUAACCUUUAAAAUGACUUGAGAAUUGAGCCUUAACUUCAGAUUAACUUGUGAGAAUCAGGAAAAAUUCCUCAAAUUGCAUUGCAUCCUCUUAGACCAGGGUUAGAAAGGGGAUUUUGGGUUUUUAUGAGCCUGCCCAGUUUACCCCUAAAAUAGAACCUUUUUUAGAAUUAUAUUACCACUUCUAAAAAAACCUUAGCAAUAUUAGAAUAACACAUCAAUGAAAUAAAUUUUCCUCAUAGUUUCGCAAACCAAAUAUAUUUAUUCAAACACAAACCAGUGUUCUGCGAUCAAGUUCCAGUUGAAAAACACUAGAAGUUGUGGUAGAUAAAAAUUAUAGCCACUCCCCGCCCCUUGCAACUGUUUUAUAUUAUUCAGGGGGAACUUUAAAUACCAUAAAUUAGUGGUGCCUUGCAUUUUGUUUUAGGCUUAACGUUUCUGUUUUAAUUUGGGGCUGACUCAUUUAUACUUAGGAAAAAACAAGGCCAUCUGUAAAAACCCUUCCGAUGCCUAAGUGUCCUCUUUGCUCCUGCAGCUCCUCGCCCACACUUGCCGCUUGGGGUGCACAGAUAAGGGUAGAUCACCAGCCCAUUCUACCUGUCGCCGAGCCACAUAAAAGGCUUCUAAUUUGCUAGACGAGGAAAAGGAACAUUUUUUUUUUUUUGUAAUGUAUGUUGCAAGGAAUAGCCAGGUCUUGGAAAAGAAAAAUGAAGUGUUCACCUGUACCUAGCAUAGGACAAUCAGAACUCUGUGGGGACCAUAGGGACAUGCUUGUUGCCGCUGACUCUUCUUCCCACCAGGAUCUUUCCAUGGUAAUCACCAGCGGAAGGCAGGCUCAGUCCCUUCUACUUCUUCCCUCUCCCUUUAUUGCACACAGGAUACAGUCUUCAAGGAAAAGGACUUUUUCCCCAGUGUGUUGGUCAUACUGGGAAAACGCUAGCCAUGCUCACCGUUUCAGCAAAUGUCUUCUUCCUCUGGCCUUGACAGCCUGUCUUGUUUCUGUAGACGGAUCGUCAGUUAGAUCAUAGCGUGCUUCUGAGUUAGUUGGUAGAUGUUUCCCUUUGCUGGGAUGACUGGUUGGGACUAUCUGUUGUAGAAAAGGUGCAGAGAGCUACCGUCAUUGUCGAUGGAGGGGUCUCCAGGCCAGGAGACCUAGACUGCCUCCAACCAGCCUCCAGUGCUGUGGAGAAACUGUCUGUCCUCAGGGCCUUUCUCCACGGCACCUAUCUGCAAAGCACAACACUAAUCUUUCUUUCCUCAGACCUCAGUUCAAGUGCCCCUAUUUAUUUCACUAAGAACCCGGAUCCCAGUUGCUUCACGUUGGUUGCCUUUGGUAUUCGUAUUCUUCCUUGUUUCUCUCCGUUCCCCCCCUCUCCCCCCUCAUUUCCACCCUUCUUGAGAGUUACGCUAGCAGAUCUUACU